CCCCCUGCAAGAGAUCUCGCACUCACCCAGCCAAGAUCCCCCUCCUCUCCCUCCCUCCAAUGGCGAACGCAUGGAGGAGGGACAAGCAGCCCCAGUUCCUCUCCUCCAAGUUCCUCUGCCUCCUCUUCUCCUCCUCUCUCCUCCUCCUCAUCUUCUACUUCUUCUCCGUCCGACCCGCCAACCCUUUUCCCAAUACCGCCCCUACCCUCUCCCCCAAGUCCCGCUUCUCCUCACCCUCCGCCAUCUCCCCCUUCGACUGCUCCGCGUCGCCCCAGGCUCACCCCGUGAUCGCCAACGUCGUCGAGGGCGUCAAGCACCGUUUCCUCUACUCCCUCUCCGACUUCGGGUCCCUCCCCGACAAGCCCCACAAGAACAUCGUCCGGACCCUCAAGGGGAAGGCCUUCCGGCGGCCCGACAUAUCGGUGACGGUGCAGGAGCUGCUGGAGGGGUUCCGAGGCGAGGGCAGAGAUGGGUUUUUCGUGGACGUGGGCGCGAAUGUGGGGAUGGCCAGCUUCGCCGCCGCCGCGAUGGGGUUCAGGGUUCUGGCUUUCGAGCCGGUUUUCGAGAACUUGCAGAGGAUUUGUGAUGGGAUUUGGAUGAAUCGGGUUGGGGAGCUGAUGGAUUUGUUCGAGGCCGCUGCGUCGGAUAGGGUUGGGAACAUCACAUUUCACAAGUUGGUUGGUCGGCUCGACAACAGUGCUGUCUCAGCGGCCGGUGCCAAAUUGGCAUUCAAGUCCAAUGAAGAAAUAGAACUUCAAGUAAGGUCCAUCCCACUGGAUGAAGUGAUACCGGACUCAGAACCCGUGCUUCUCAUCAAAAUUGAUGUUCAGGGCUGGGAGCAUCACGUUCUGAAGGGGGCCGUGAAGCUGCUGUCGAGAAAGGCAGGCGAGGCACCAUAUUUGAUUUAUGAGGAGGACGAACGGUUGUUGCAGGCAAGUAACAGCAGUUCCAAAGAGAUUCGAGAAUUUCUUCACUCUGUUGGGUAUCGUCAUUGCACCCAGCAUGGUACAGACGCGCAUUGCACCAAGAAAAGCUGAUAGUGGAUUAAUUAAACCCUAGCCUUGUUGACGGAAGAUCACUGAAUCAAGCAUGAAAAGGGACAGUUCUUUAGCAGACUUAUUUGUGAGAGUUUUGCCUGUAAGAGCUACCCUCGGACAGAAUUUCCACUCAGUUCCUAGAUGGAGAAUUAGAUUUGGAAUGUGUAAUGAGACACAGCCGUCCAUUGAAGGAGCCAGUUAUUGAGCGAGGAAGCACAGAUACUUUAUGGUUUUCUUGUCGAGUAUAGUUAGGGAUGGAUCUGUUUCUGUUGGAUCCCCAACACCCAAUUUGUUAUCAUGUUCAUUUAUUGCAAUUCAUACUUUGUAUUUGUAACAAAUGACCUUGCGAUGUACGAGCGAAUGCAGAAUUAAUUGUUGGCCAGACCUUACAGAGGCAUAUUCGACACCUUUUCACUUGUAGCCUGGUUUUUCCUGUGAUUUUAUUGCUCCAUGAGAAUGAAGCAGUUUGACCACAAUUAGAAUGUACUUACUGGUAGUCUGGUUUAAUUGGUGAAGUAUGUAUACAAAUUGACAGUUUCAUGGUU